CAUUUGGCUGGUCACAUUGUUGUUAUAUCAUUGUUAUUCUUCUAAUUUUUGUAUUUCAACAUGUUGAGACAAUUUUUGGUAUCGACAGGCUGCCGUCGCCUAGCACUCCCAAUCAUUGCACAGAAUCGUUCCGCUAGUAAUUUGGAUAAAACGGAAUUCACAACGCCCGGCGAGAUAGUGGACUACGAUGAUCCACCCCACUUGCCCGUGCCGGAGUAUCCAGCCCGUCCUGAUGAGCCUCUCGAAAAGCGCAAGCAGCGGCUCCUCUAUCAGAGCCGUAAGCGAGGCAUGUUGGAGAAUGAUCUGUUGCUGAGUACCUUUGUGGCCAAAUUUCUAAGGGAUUUCAAUGCCGAGCAGACAGCCGAGUAUGAUCGCUUAAUUAAUGGCGUUAGCAACGAUUGGGAUAUAUUCUAUUGGGCCACUGAAACCAAGCCCACGCCUCCAGAAUUUGAUACGGAAAUAAUGAGAAUGCUCAAGGAGCAUGUCAAGAAUGCGGAGAAAGUGCAGAGGAUUAGGCAGCCAGAUUUGUAGAUGCUGCAUGGAGGUUAUAUUAAUAGAUCGGUGUGGAUUCUAAAUCGCUUAAAUGACGUCUAAAAGUAGGCGAGAAAUUACGGUAGUGUAACUUUGCCUAUUUUUGAGAGGAUUAACAUUUGUAGGAAAUCGUCAGAGUUUAAAUCCUUGGCGAUUUGUGAUUUAAAAGAUGUAUAAGAAAUAUUUUAAUUUAAGUUGAUUUUUUUUCAUUUUAAUG